AUGGAUGCGGAUGGAUUUAAAGCCGUGCGCCGUCGCAAGGGCCCCCGCAAAGCUGAGGUGAUGCCUUAUGAGGGGGGAGGGGCGGUCCAAGACCCCGCAACAGUGGCAGCGGGAUCGCUCACGCAUGCAGGUAGUGCGGAAAUGGAGCAAGAGGCUUCAGAGCUACUGCGUCGCGUGGAGGUUGCAGAUCUGGACGCUGCGACAGACGAAGAAGACGCAGAAGACGCCGGAGAAGAGGCGGCCAUGGAGGUUGCAGAGGGGUCUGCUGAAGAGGCUUCAGCACGGUUACCAGCCACUAGAGGAGGGGCGAUCUCUGCUGAUCGCAAGAAGGGCGUCAAGCGUGCAGCAGCAAAAGGGAAAGAUCAGCAGGAACAGCCGUUUAUAAGACGCCUGCCCGUGCCGCAGCACAGGUACACGCCUCUGCGUCAGCAGUGGGUUGACCUCAUCAGACCGCUAAUUAUGCACAUGAGGCUUCAGGUUCGUAUGAACGUGAAGAGGCGGUGCGUGGAGUUGAGGGCUGCCCCCCCUCCUACCGGUGCUGCUGCUGCUGCAGGAGCAGUAGCAGCAAAGUUGCAGCUGGGGGACGACAAUGCGCGAUUGGGAAAGGGAGCUGAUUACGUUAGGGCCUUUCUGCUGGGAUUUGAGCAGAGAGACUGCGUGGCACUGCUAAGGCUCGACGAUAUGUACCUCGAGACUUUCGAAAUCCAAGAUGUGAAGAGGCUGACAGGCGCUCACUUCUCACGGUGUAUCGGCCGUCUGACGGGGCGGAAUGGCUCGACCCGGUUCGCCAUAGAAAACGCCACCAGGACACGCAUAGUUAUCGCGGGGAGAAAAAUACACAUAUUGGGUUCAUUCGACUGUAUAAAGCUGGCGAGACACUCCAUCUGCUCCCUUAUUCUAGGGAAGCCCCAGGGGAAGGUGUACUGCCAUCUGCGAACUGUGGCUAAACGGCUCAGCCAGAGGAUGUAA